GAGAGAGAGAGUUGCGAGCCGGGUCAAAGUCAUAAAGUCUGGAGAAGAAAGCGAAUGGACCGAUAAACGGGGAAAUAAGCUGACAACAGAGACACCGCUGGGUCGUCAGGCCUAAUGUUAGAGGUUAAUGAUGGACCCCAAAAGUGAGACCAAGAAGAUUACCUCCCUACUCCCAGGCGACCCCUCGCCUGAGGCGCAGGAACAGACCCCUCCAAAAGGCCCAGGCUGCAGCUGGCUGGUGGUGGUAGCGGCUCUGGCGGCCUCUCUGAGCGGCCUGAUGCUGGGGUAUGAAAUGGGGCUGACCUCGGGGGUCCUGCUUCAGCUGCGGGAACUCCUCUCCCUCUCCUGCAGGGAACAGGAACUGCUGGUCAGCUCCCACCUGCUCGGCGCUCUGCUCAUGUCCCUGGCUGGAGGUCCUCUUCUGGACCGCUACGGCCGCCGCUUCUCUUUGCUCCUGAGCGCCGCCCUGGUGGUCGGAGGGACUGUCAUGCUCAUCGCGUUCAACACACUGGUUUUCUUCACCCUGGGCCGGGUGAUAGUCGGCAUGGGUACAGCUCUGUCUGGGACAGGAGCGUGCCUGUACAUCGCAGAGAUCUCACCCAUGGAGAGGAGGGGUCUGCUGGUCACGCUGUACGAACUGAUGCUGGUUGUGGGUGUAAUGCUGGGAUUUGGCUGUAGCUACGUCUUCUCUACUGUGCCGCAUGGCUGGGCGUAUACAUUUGGACUAGUAAUCCCCCCCGCGCUGCUGCAGAUCAGUGUCCUUGUGUUCCUCCCAGCCAGCCCACGCUUCCUGGUCACCCGGGGUAAAGUGGAGCAGGCCAGGAUGGUGCUGGCCCGAAUGAGAGGUGGGGUCCAGGAGCAUGUGGAAAAGGAGCUCAGAGACAUCCUGGCAGGACUUAAAGAGGAAUCAGAGCACAGUUUCUGGGAGCUGUUCAGUAGCAAAGCUAACCUGCGCUCACGGCUGCUAACUGGCGUGGCUUUAGUCUUCCUUCAGCAGGCUACAGGUCAACCCAACAUCCUCUCCUACGCCUCACCGCUCCUCCGCAGCAUGGGCUUCAACAGCGACGCCGCAGCGACCUUGGCCUCCACAGGGUUCGGAGUGGUCAAAGUAGUUGGCACCAUCCCAGCGGUGUUGCUGGUCGACCGCGUGGGAACCAAGAACUUUUUGUGCGUUGGUGCCGUCGGAAUGGGAGUGUCGCUACUGGCCCUCGGCACAUUGACACUGCAAAGCCACACCCAUCUCACCAGCCUGUGUAAAAGUCACACCAUACCAAACCACACACAUACGCCAUGGGAUUUAAACGGAUCCUCUAUAGACUUUGGCAACAGUGCCAUUUUAGCUACUGGCCUCCCCAGCCAAUGGGAUAGUGAGGAGGCACAGUGGACUAAAAGAGAGGACGAUGGGAAUAGGGAGUCAGGAAGGACUCCUGCGGAAGUGUCCUCCUUUAUGAAGUGGGCCUCAUUGAUCAGCUUGCUGGUGUUCGUGGCAGCCUUCUCCAUUAGCCUGGGGCCAAUGGUGUAUGUGGUUCUCAGUGAGAUCUUUCCGAUGGGAGUACGAGGUAGAGCUGUGUCUGUGGUGUCGGCUGUGAACUGGGCCACUAACCUGCUCAUCUCCAUGACCUUCCUCACAUUUACAGAAAAGUUUGGUCUCCCCAAUGUGAUGUUCCUGUACGCUGUUAUGAGCUUUGUUCUGCUGGUCUUCAUCAUCUUCUGUAUCCAUGAGACCAAGGGUCGCACGCUGGAGGAGAUAUCAAAAGAACUGGCUAAGGAGAAACAUUUUGAGGGGAGGCUCUGCAGGCAGGUUCAGCCUCAGAAGAGUCUGAACCGCAGCACUACGUCCACAGAGACUCCAGCAAACGUCUGAUUGGGCUUGAACUCGUACAUCGCUGCAGAUCCUGUAUUGAUGGCAAACUCAUAUCCUUGUUGCUACGUGCUGCACGAGAAGGACGAACAACAGGAAGGUGAUGGAAAUUGUAUUUUCAGGACAUUUUUAAAUGAUGAAGGUUUGAUUACAUUAGUAGAACUCAGGUCUCACUUCAGGAAGUAAAGAUACACUUUGGGGAUGAAUUGAAUUUCUUUGUAAAAAAUGCCUUUCUUGUAUUACCUACCAAUUCAACCCCAACAUAAUGACUUCCAUAUAAACCUUGAAUUCUUGGAGAACAUGUUUUUCCAAUGUCUCAAUAAUUCAAGGGUGAACAUAUAUACAACCGUCAUAUUGGGGGUAAAGUAUUACCUUAAAGGGGACCUAUCAUGCAAAAUGCACUUUUGUACGUCUUUUAUACAUGAAUAUGUGUCCCCGGUGUUCCAGGGAACUCACCAAGUGUCAG